UGUCAGUUAAGCACAAAGUUAAUAAUCGAAUAAACUUGAUACAGGAAUGAUGUGCAUGUGAAAAUAACAAAAGCCUAAUAAGCAUAUUUAUUGUAUUAUAAUUCAUUUUUAUUUUACAAUGUCGAUAAGUAUAUGAUCACACUUUUUAGAAUUCAAGUUGGAGCGGUAGGCCUAAUGUUGAAGUUGCUGGCCAUUCCUAAAGGCUUGUGAGAAGACACGUUCCUAAACAUGGCAUUGAAUAGAAUUCAAUUGGUAAAAGGGCUAGAAGAUGUGACGCUGUGUGAGAAAGAAGCCUGUAUAUUUGAGGUGGUCCUCAGUCAUGCCUACGUCCAGGGUCAAUGGAGCAGGGAUGGAGUCCCACUUAAAUCCAGGCCUGUGUGUCGAAUUGCCACGCAGGGCAAAAAACACACACUCACACUCACGCGCGUCACGGUUGCUGACAUGGGUGUCAUCAGUUUCAAGGCUGAAGGGAUUGAAAGCUCUGCUAUGCUGACAGUCACAGUCAGGAAUAUAAAGAUUGUGAAGGCUCUUCAGAAUGUCAGUUUGACCGAGAGGGAGAGCGUGACAUUUAUCUGUGAGGUCAACUGGGAAGAUGUGGAUGGGAAGUGGUACAAGGAUGACAGCCGGUUGAGAGCUGGGGACAAUGUUAAAAUAAGAUGUGAGGGUAAAAUACACUCCCUAACCUACAAAUCAGUCAAACCAGAAGAUGCUGGUGAGAUCAGAUUCACUGCUGAGAGGGUCUCUUCAACAGCAACACUAGGAGUCAAAGAGCUUCCAGUUCAUAUUGUGAAGCCCCUGAGAGUGAAGAUCGCCAUGUACAAACAUCGUGCCUUGCUGGAGUGCCAGGUCUCUCGUGCCAAUGCUGCGGUUAAAUGGUACAGAAGAAAUUAUGAAAUUGUGCCAAAUAGGAAGUACCAAACUAUCAGUGAAGGCGUGUACCGACAGCUUAUCAUAGAUGAUGUGGGAUCCUCAGAUGAAGACACUUUUAUCUGUGAUGCUGUCGAUGACAGGACUUCCUGCCAACUGUUUGUAGAGGAGCAGGCCAUCAGCAUUUUGAAAGGACUCAGUUCUGUGGAGGUCAUGGAGCCUAAAGAGGCUCGUUUUAAAGUGGAAACAAGUAUUAAGUUAGAGAGGGCACCGAAAUGGACCCUGAAUGGGCAGAUACUAUGUCCCUGUCCAGAAAUCAGGAUUGAGAGGCAAGGAACCUCGAACAGACUCAUUUUCACUCAAACCGACAGUAGUAUGUGUGGCACUGUGCAGUUCACCUCGGGGAAGAGCAAGUCAGAAGCUCAACUCACAGUUACAGAGCGCCCUUUGAUUAUCAGACAGCCCAUUUCUGAUUUGGAGGUGAAGGAGAACGGGUCAGUUACUCUCAGCUGUGAGUUCUGUCCAUCCCCCAGAGUGGUGCGCUGGUUCAAGGGUAGGACCCCCCUGUUUGCUUCCAAUAAGUACACAAUGAAGCGGGAAAAGAACCGGGUUGAGAUGACCAUCAUGGGUGUGAAAGCAUCAGAUUCAGGAGAGUAUCGCUGUCUGGCUGGUGGCUCAGAGACAAGAGGAAGAGUCAGUGUGGAAGUGAAAAGGUUGAAGAUCAUAAGACACUUGGAGCAAGUAGAGGUCGAGGAGGAUGGAACUGCAGUGUUCAGCUGUGAACUGAAUCACGAGUCACCCAGUGUCCAGUGGCUGCUCAAUGACCGAGUCCUAUACACCAACUACAUCAACAAAAUCCAGAAUUCUGGAAAAGCGUACAGUCUGAUUUUAAAACGACUAGCUCCUCAAGAGAGCCGUGUAACAUUCAAAACAUUUGAUAUCAGCGAGUCUGCGUUCCUCAGGGUCAGAGAGAAGCCAGCAGUGUUUCUCAGGUCAUUGGAGGACGUAGCAGGUGAGGAACGUGGUGAAAUCCUUUUGCAGUGUGACGUUUCCAAGCCAUCAGUGACACCUGUCUGGAGGAAAGAUGGUGAAAUUCUGACCGCCAGUGAGAAGUAUGAGAUUCUCCAUGUGGGAAAGUCAUUGACUCUCAUAAUUCAUAAGCUGAGAAAGGACGACGGAGGAGAGUACAGCUGUGAUAUUGGCUGCAGCCAAACUAAAGCGAAAGUCAUAGUUCGUGACCUGCGCAUUACCAUUGUCAAACGCAUACGGACAACAGCUGUGCUGGAAGGGGAAAGCUGCAGCUUUGAGUGUGUCCUGUCCCAUGAUAUCAUUGAUGAAGCAUCGUGGAUUUUGAAUGGCCAACUGAUUGUGAGCAAUGGACGGAUCAUAGUCGCUAACAAAGCGUGCAAAUACACAAUGAGCAUUCAGGAAGUUAUGAUAUCUGAUGCUGGCGAAGUGGUUUUUACCAUUAAAGAGCUUAGCUGCAGGACUAUGCUGUUUGUGAAAGAGAGACCUGUGACGGUUUUUAGGGAUAUGCUAAAUGUUACAGCAACACCUGGUGAAGAUCCAGAGCUCAGCUGUGAGAUCACGAAACCUGAUGCAACAGUUAAAUGGCUGAAAAAUGGGCGGCUAAUUAGAGUAAGCCCAAAAUAUGAAAUUAACCAAAAUAAUUAUCUGGUGAAGCUCAUCAUCCAUAAUGCAGCUAUAAUGGACUCAGGAGAGUACUGCUGUGAGGCUGAUGGGAUUGCUACAAGGGCGAGAUUAGAUGUCAGAGACUUGCAACAUACAUUUGCAAAGGAACUGAAGGAUAUGCGUGCAGAGGAAAAGGGUAUAGUGACCAUGGAGUGUGAAACCAGGAGGCCUGCUGCUACCGUGACCUGGUUAAAAGGCCUAACGGUGCUCUGCUCGGGACAGAAGUACAUGAUGAAGAAGAAAGAUGUUGUCCUCACUCUGACCAUCUUCAAUCUGGAGAAAAGUGACAGUGCUGUCUAUACCUGUGAUGUUGGGACAAUGCAGAGCAGGGCUUUACUUACAAUUCAAGGUCAAAAAGUAGUCAUUGUGGAUGAACUAGAAGAUAAAGAGUGUCUAGAAGGAGAUACCAUCACCUUUAAGUGUCGGAUCUGCCCAAGUGACUACACUGAUGUCAAAUGGUACCUGGAUGAGACCUUGCUCUACACUAAUGAUCUUAAUGAGAUCAAGAUGAUACCUGGUGGAUACCACACUCUUACCUUCAAACAGCUUGCACGUAAAGACACCGGCACCAUCUCUUUCGAGGCUGGGGACAAAAGAUCAUACGCAUCACUAUUAGUUAGAGAGAGACGCCCCACAAUAACUAAAGCAUUGGAAGACACGGAAGCAAUUGAAGGAGGAAGUUUAGUGCUUUUAUGCAAGACCUCAAAGCCAUGUCAUAUUGUUUGGUACAAAGAUGGCUGUUUAAUCUGGAAUUCCUCAAAGUACUUAGUGAGUCGAUCGGGAAAUGAAGCCAGGCUGGCCAUCCGUGAUGUGAAAGACAGUGAUGCAGGGGUGUACGAGUGCGAUGCAGGAUCUGUCAGCACUAAAGCCACCGUGACUGUUAAAGUUAUUCCUGCUGAGUUUACAAAAGCGCUUCAGAACCAAGAGGUCAAAGAGGGAGAGAGUGUAACGCUGAUGUGCGAAUACUCUAUACCCGGGGUCCAGUUUGUGUGGCGCAAAGGACCCGAGACGCUAAAAUCUAGUGAGAAGUACCACAUGAGGCAGAGGAAAUCUUGCAUUUCUCUUACAAUACACAAUUUGAAGCCAGAAGAUUCAGGGAAUUACACAUGCAUUUGCAGAGACCAAAGAACUAUGGCUACUCUUACAGUCAAUGCGGUUCCUAUAUCAUUUAUUAAAGAGCUCAAGAACCAAGAGACAGAUGAAGGUAAAAAUGUGACAUUACGCUGUGAGCUUUCUAAAGCUGGAAUCCCAGUGGAAUGGUUGAAAGGUGAACAAACUCUCUUGCCUGGGGAGAAGUAUCAGAUGAGGCACAUAGUCACCAUACUAGAGCUGGUAAUCAGAAGUCCAGUUCAUGAGGACAGUGGAACGUACAUCUGUGUGUGUGAGGAUCAAAGGACCAAAGCCAUUGUCAAAAUACGAACUCAACCUAUCACGUUCAAACAGAAGUUAAGAAAUCAAAUGGCUGAAGAGGGAAACAGUAUAAUCUUACACUGCGAGAUAUCCAAACCAGACACCCCUGUCCAGUGGAGAAAAGAAAGCAGCCUUCUCAGGUCUGGGGAGAAGUACAAAAUCAGACAGAGAGGCUGCAUGCUAGAGCUGAAGAUUUUUAAUUUGACGCAAGAUGAUAGCGGAGUCUAUAGCUGUACAAGCGAAACUGCUGAGACCUCAGCCAACAUCACAGUUAGCGCUCAACCUGUUACUUUUAAAGAGAAGCUGAAGAACCUGGUAGCCGAGGAAGGGAAAAUGAUAACAUUGCACUGUGAGCUUUCUAAAACCGGUGUCCCAGUAGAAUGGUGGAAUGGUGAGGAACUGCUCCAGCCUGGAGAGAAGUAUAAGAUGAGAGAACGAGACACAUCAGUUGAGCUGAUCAUCUGUGAGGCCAUGCCUGAAGACAGUGGAGUCUACAGAUGUGUCUGUGGAGACCAAAAGACCAAAGCUACAGUCAAAGUUGUUGGUGCUCCUGCUAGUUUUAAGCAAAACCUUAAGAACCAAGAAGCUCUGGAAGGCAAAUCUAUGACCCUUCACUGUGAGCUUUCCAAAGCUGGAGUACCCGUGGAAUGGUGGAGAGGAGAUAAACCGCUCCUUCCAGGGCCACGGUACCAGAUGAGGCUGGAUGGAAAGAUUGCAGAGUUGGAAAUAACUAAUGUUUUCCCUGAUGAUGCUGGGAUAUACAGCUGUGUGACUGGAAGCCAAAAGACAACAGCUGAAGUGAAAGUCAAAACCCUUCCAAUUACUUUCAAGCGAGAGCUUCAGAAUCAGAUAUCUACAGAGGGUGAGAGUGCAGUAUUUACCUGUGAACUUUCAAAGCCUGGUGCUCCAGUUGAGUGGAGGAAAGGUAGAGUGAUGCUGAAAAGUGGAGCCAAAUAUCAGAUGAUGCUUGAGGGGCGAUUAACCAAACUGCUGAUAAAUAAUCUAGUUGAGGGUGAUGCGGGAAAUUACACCUGCAAAACCAAAGAUUCACAAUCGACAGCUGAAUUGACGGUUCAAGGACUACCUGCUACCUUUAAAACAAAUUUGAAGAACCAGGAAACUCAGGAGGGGAACAGUGUCAAUCUGUACUGUGAACUUUCUAAAGCUGGUGUUCGAGUAGAGUGGUGGAAAGGAAAAGAACUGCUCAAGACUGGAGAAAAAUAUCAGUUGAGACAGAAAGAAGCAACAGUAGAGUUGUUAAUAAGGAAGGCACAACCAGAAGACAGUGGAGUGUAUCGCUGCGUAUGUGGAGAAUACACGACUGAAGCCACCAUCAAAGUAAAUGCUCUCCCCAUCACUUUCAAACAAGAACUUAAGAAUCAAGAAGGUGAAGAAGGGAAUAUCAUCACAUUGCGCUGUGAUCUCUCUAAGGCCAGUACUGAUGUGAAGUGGUUGAAGGGAGAGGAAGUCCUAAAGCAUGGAGAAAAGUACCAGUUGAGACAGAUAGCAACUAAAAUGGAGCUUGUUAUCAGAAAAGCCAUACCUGAAGACAGUGGAGUCUACUUUUGUGUAUGCCCUGAUCAGACAUCCAAAGCUACAGUUAAAAUCAAUGCUCUCCCGAUCACUUUCAAACAAAACUUGAGAAAUCAAGAAGUGGUGGAAGGAAACACAGUUGCUUUCCGUUGUGAGCUUUCCAAACCGGGAGCUACGGUGAAAUGGUGGAGGGGUGAAGAGGUGCUGCAGGUUGGAGAAAAGUACCAGAUGAGGACUGAGGGACGGAUUGCUGAGCUUCUCAUUAAAAAUGUCAACUCUGAAGAUGUCGGCUUCUACAGCUGCACUACCGGAAAGGAAAAAACGACAGCGGAGGUCAAAGUUAGGGCUCUACCUGUCACUUUCAAACGAGAACUUCAAAACGAAGUAACCAAAGAAGGUGGGCAAGCUGUGUUUAGUUGUGAGCUCUCUAAACCCGGUGCACAAGUCGACUGGAGAAGGAAGAGUUAUUCUCAACUGAUCAUCACAAAGGCCAUGCCUGAAGACAGUGGAGUCUACAGCUGCAUUUGUGGGGAGCAGAAGACCAAAGCCACGAUCCGAGUAUUCGCCACACCAGUAACAUUCAACCAAAACCUGAAGAGCCAAGAGGCCCCUGAGGGAGGUGUUGUUAUUCUGCAUUGUGAGCUGUCCAAAGCUGGGGUACCAGUAACAUGGUUAAAAGGGGACGAGGAGCUCUGCAAUGGGACUAGAUACAAGAUAAAGCAGGAGGGAUUGGUUGCCGAAUUACACAUUAAAAACGUUCUUCCCAUGGAUGUUGGGGAAUACAGCUGCAUUGUUGGAGACCAGAAGACUACAGCUGAAGUUAAUGUUAGGGCUGCUGCCUCUGUGUUCUUUGAGAAAGAGCUUGAGAGUCAAGAAGCAAUGGAGGGGGAUUCUGUCCUGUUUCGUUGUUUGCUCUCUAGCGAUAAUGCCCCAGUGACCUGGAGAAAAGAUACAAAUCAGAUCACACAGGGUGGGCGAUAUACCCUCCACCGUAAAGGUUCAACCCAGGAGCUCGAAAUCAGGAAACUGAGAAUGCAGGAUGCUGGCAUGUACUCAUGCAGCGUCAGAGGCAAGAACACCUCUGCGACCCUCAGAGUGAUAGAGCGUGUGAGGAUUGUGAAAGGACUGCGUGACUUGACAGUUACUGCAGGUGAGAGCGCACACUUUGUGUGUGAGCUUUCACAUGAGAACAUCCUUGAUGGGGUUUGGUGGCUUGGUUCCAAUGAACUUCAGGAGAACGAGAUGAACCAGAUGAGUAUCUGUGGUCGAGAACAUCACUUGGUGCUCACUAUGACCACAACUGAAGAGUCAGGUGUUGUAUCCUUUGUGGUAGGAAAUGAAAAGACCUCUGCUCGUCUUCGUGUGAACAGCAAACCUACAGUUUUCAUAGAGGAAAGACUGAAGGACAUGACCAUUUUUGAGGGAGAUUCUGCCACCCUAUCCUGUGUGACUUCUGACACCUGCACACCUGUCACCUGGAAACGAAAUAAUGUAACCCUGCUCUCUGGGGAAAAGUAUGAACCUCUGAAACACGGGAAACGUAGCGUUCUUCUGAUUCAUAAAGUCAGAAAAGAGGAUGCUGGGAUUUACAUGUGUGAUACAGGAGACAUGCAGAGUAGUGCUACUCUUACAGUCAAAGAACGUCCUUUGUUUUUCUGCCGGGAGCUCCAAAACCAAGAAGCAGAAGAGGGUGAGACUACUUUCUUGUGCUGUGAAUUGUCUCAACCUGGAGUUGCAGUUGAGUGGAAGAAGGGAGCAGUUCUUCUUAGCCCUGGUAACAAAUAUGAGAUGAAACAGGAUGGAUGUGAGCUGCAGCUACAGAUCAAUGACCUCACAAGUCAAGACAGUGGAGCCUACAGGUGUUGUGCUGAUGGCAUUGAGACAAGGGCUAGUAUUACUGUAAAAGAGCGUUCUUUAUUUUUCCAUGAAGAGCUCCAAAACCAAGAAGCAGAAGAAGGUGAAUCAGCGUUCCUGUGCUGUGAGCUCUCUAAACCUGGAGUAGCAGUACAGUGGAAAAAGGGGGCAAUGCUGGUGAAAAAUGGACAGAAGUAUGAGAUGACGCAAGAGGGCAAUGAAGUACAACUUCAGAUCCAUGAUCUCACAAAGCAACCUCUUUUCUUCUGUGAGGAACUCCAUAACCAGGAAGCAGAGGAGGGCGAGACAGCCUUCCUUUGCUGUGAGCUUUCUAAACCUGGAGUUGAAGUGCAGUGGAAGAAGGGGGCAAUACGAUUGAGACCGGGAGACAAAUAUGAGAUGAAACAAGAUGGCUGCAGAGUACAGCUACGGAUCCAUGGCCUGACACGUCAGGAUAGUGGCACAUACAAGUGCUGCUCUGGAAGCCUGGUAACCACAGCAUCCAUUGUACUCAAAGAACAUCCUUUGUACUUCAUCAAGAUGCUUGAGUGUCAAGAAGCAGAAGAGGGCGAAACUGCCUUGCUUUGCUGUGAGCUUUCCAAACCUGGGGCUGCCGUACAGUGGAAGAAGGGAUCUGUGCUGCUAAAGCCUGGAAGGAAGUAUGAAAUAAAGCAGAAUGGUAGUGAACUGCAGCUUCAGAUCCAUGAGCUCACAAGCCAAGACAGUUGUGUCUACACAUGCUGUGUUGGUAGUCUAGUGACUUCAGCAUCUCUGGAAGUGAAAGAACAACCUCUGUUUUUCUGUGAGGAGCUCCAAAAGCAAGAAGUAGAAGAGGGUGAGACUGCCAUACUGAGCUGUGAGCUCUCUAAACCUGGAGUGGAAGUGCACUGGAGGAAGGGAAUUGUUUUGCUUAGACCAGGAAACAAAUAUGAGAUGAAGCAAGAUGGCUGUAAAUUACAGCUUCUGAUACAUGAGCUCAACAGUCAGGACAGUGGUGUCUAUAAAUGUUGUGCUGGUAGCUUGGCGACCACAGCAUCUAUCAAAGUGAAAGAAUCACCAGUUGUCUUCCAAGAGGAGCUCCAAAGCCUUGAAGCAGAGGAAGGUGAGACGGCCACCCUGACCUGUGAGCUGUCUAAACCUGGAGUUGCUGUGAAGUGGAAGAAGGCAUCAGUGUUGCUUAAGCCAGGCAACAAUCUGGUGACAACUGCUUCACUUGUGGUAAAGGAACAUCCCUUGUUCUUUUCCAAGGAGCUCCAAAACCAGGAAGCAGAGGAGGAAAAGCCAUUGUACUUCUCGAAGGAGCUCCAAAACCAUAAAGCAGAGGAGGGUAAGUCAGCCAUAUUGUGCUGUGAGCUCUCUAAACCUGGAGUUUCUGUGCAGUGGAAAAAGGGAGCAGUGCUUUUGAAGCCUAGUAACAAAUAUGAGAUUAAAGAGGUUGGCCCCAAGCUACAGCUUCAGAUCAAUGAGCUAACAGCUCAGGACAGUGGGGCCUACAAAUGUUGUGCUGGAAACCUGGUCACAACUGCUUCUCUUAAAAGCCAUUGUUCUUCUCUGAGGAGCUCCAAAACCAAGAAGCAGAGGAGGGAUGGCCGUGAACUACAGCUUCAGAUCAAUGAGCUAACAGCACAAGACAGUGGGGCCUACAAAUGUUGUGUUGGGAACCUGGUCACAACUGCUUCACUUGUGGUAAAAGAACAGCCAUUGUUCUUCUCUGAGGAGCUCCAAAACCAAGAAGCAGAGGAGGGUAACACAGUUACAUUGCACUGUGAGCUCUCUAAACCUGGAGUUUCAGUGCAGUGGAAAAAGGGAACAGUGCUUUUAAAGCCUAGUAAAAAAUAUGAAAUUAAACAGGAUGGCCAGCAGCUACAGCUUCAGAUCCAUGAGCUAACAACUCAGGACAGCGGGGCCUACAAAUGUUGUGUUGGGAGCCUUGUCACAACUGCUUCUCUGGUGGUAAAAGAACAUACCUUGUUCUUCUCUGAGGAGCUCCAAAACCAAGAAGCAGAGGAGGGUAAGACAGUCACAUUAUGCUGUGAGCUCUCUAAACCUGGAGUUUCAGUGCAGUGGAAGAAGGGGACAGUGCUUUUGAAACCUAGUAAAAAAUAUGAGAUAAAACAGAAUGGCUGUCAGCUACAGCUUCAGAUCCAUGAGCUAACAGUCCAGGACAGUGGGGCCUACAAAUGUUGUGUUGGAAACCUGGUCACAACUGCUUCUUUUGUGGUAACAGAGCAACCAAUAUUCUUCUGCAAGAACCUCCAAAGCCUUGAAGCAGAGGAAGGUGAGACAGUCACCCUGAUCUGUGAGAUCUCAAAACCUGGAGUUGCAGUGCAGUGGAAGAAGGGAACAGUGUUUCUAAAACCUGGAAACAAAUAUGAAAUGAAACAAAAUGGCUGUGUGCUACAACUCCAGAUACGUGACCUGAAAAGUGAUGAUAGUGGCUCUUAUAAAUGUUGUACUGGUAGCAUGGUGACAACUGCUUCUCUUGUGGUAAAGGAACAUCCCUUGUUCUUCUCUAAGGAGCUCCAAAACCAAGAAGCAGUGGAGGGUAAGACAGUCACCCUGAUCUGUGAGCUCUCUAAACCUGGAGUUUCUGUUCAGUGGAAGAAGGGAGCAAACCUUCAAAACCUUGAAUCCGAAGAAGGUGAAACUGCAUUCCUGACAUGUGAGCUCUCAAAACCUGGAGUUGCCGUGCAGUGGAAAAAGGGAUCAGUGUUGCUAAAACCAGGAAACAAGUAUGAGAUGAAACAGAAUGGCUCUGAAUUACACCUUCAAAUCCAUGAUUUAAAAUGUCAGGACAGUGGUGUCUACAAAUGCUGUGCUGCUAGGAUGGAGACAACAGCUUCUGUUGUUGUAAAAGAAGCUCCACCUAAAAUUAAAGACAUCCCUCAAGCCCCACCAAGAAUAAAAGGAAAAAACAUUAUGGAAGAAACACACAGUGGUCUAGAUCAUAAGAAACAAGCUGCAGUCAUUGAGGAAUCAGACAUCUCUAUCUUAGAGCCAUCAGAGGUUCACUUCCAGGAUCUCUGUGAGAAACCGACAGAUGACCAGGAAGUCAAGACUAAAUCAUUGGUUAGACAAAAGGGAAAAGAUGUGAUUUCCAAAAUGCUUAUCAAUGAGUCUAGUUGCACCAUUGGAGAACCUGAAAUUCCUUCUCUUGCAACCAAUGUACAUGAAGAACAAAGAAAAAAGGAGUUGGACACAGAUUCCAAAUGGGUUACUAAGAUUUCUGUGGACCAGCACAAUGAAGAGAUCUCAGGGCAAGUUCAAAAGAAAACUCCAAGCAUAGAUGCAAGUGAACAGAGUAAGGAACCACCCAGAGACGUUCCCCUGCCUCCACCGCGGUCAAAGGGUAAGGCCACACAUCCAGAUGAUUUACUCCAAGACCAGCACAGUGUUAAAGAGCCGACUCUUGACAAGAGAGGCAAGGAACAAGAUGUUGUCAUUGUGGCUUUGGAGAUCACAAAGGCAUCAAAGCAUGGUGACCUAACAGUAUCACUCCCUAAAGAGAAUGUCUCUCAGCUACAUGUUGAAACCAAAAGGCAACCCUAUGUUUUGGAAGCAAAGAUCCAAGAUAUAGACAUAAAACAAACUGUGGACACCACUUUGAAGAUAUCAGAACAUGGCUUAAAUACCCCAGUCUUCAAAGAGAUAACAGCGAAACACAUUGAAUCAUCUCAGGAACAACCAUGUAAUUUAGAAGAAGAUAAUCAGUAUAUCAAACAGAAAUCAACUGUAAACAAGGAACCAAAGAAAGAGCAAAUUGUGAACAAGGAAACAGAGUUGGAAGAAUUUGCCCUGCAUACAAAUAAAAAGAAGGAACCAAAACAGAAAUCAUUGGAUAAGAAUGCAGCACAUGAAAAUCAAAAUGUCCAAUCUGAAGAGAGAACAGAAAGUGAAAAGGUUCAAUCCAUGGAUGAACAUCAUGGACAAAUAACAAAGAAUAUUACAGAACAAGCACCAAGUAUUGUAAUUACAAGCCAGAAACCCAAAGAGCAAAUCCUUUGUGCACAAAGAGACACCAAAAUGCCCGUUAGAGAUGUGCAGAAGGAAUUACAGGCAGGUGAACUGAAUUUACCACACACUGAUAGUGAAGAACUAAAACAUGUCAAGCAGGUUGUGGAUGAGCAUCAUGGAAAAGUGCCAAAGCAUGUUACAGGAAAAGCAACACAUAUUGCCAUUACAAGCCAGAAAUUCAAAGAAGAAAUAAUUACUGCAGAGAAAACUACAGCAAUCAAAGAUGUGCAGAAAUAUUCAGAACUGAAUUUACCACACACUGAUAGUGAAGAUGUGAAAAAUGUGAAGCAAGCUCUGGAUGAAGAUAAGGUUAAAGUACUAAAGCAUGUUACAGGAAAAGUGACAAAUAUUGCAACUGCAAGCCAAUUCAAAAAAGAAAUAAUUCCUGCAGAGAAAGCUACAACAAUGUCCAUUAGGGAUGUGCAAAGGGAUUCACGGGAAGUGGAACCAAACUUACUACACAUUGAUAGCGGAGAUGAGAAAAAAGUGAAGCAGGUCAAAGAUGAACAUAGCAUAAAAGUACCAAAGCACGUUAAGGAAAAGGCACCAAGUAUUACAAGACAGCAGUUAAGAGAACAAAUAAUUCCUGCAGAGAAAGCUAUAACAAUAUCGCUGAGGGAAGUGCAGAAGGCAUCACAGGAAGUUGAACCAAACUUGCCACACAUGGAUAAUAAAGAUCAGAAAAAUGUGAAGGAGGGUGUCCUUGAAGGACAGAAGGAAGAUGUUUCUAGAGGAUCCAGCACUCAACCUGAGGAGAUGAUGCCAGAGCAGAUCACAAGUGUGGAUACUGACAAACCGAAGAGUUUAAAAGCAGAACAAGAUGGUCCUGGUAUAGACCUAGAUUUUGAAGAUGAGCCAGAGAUGCUUGAGGCUGCGAUUAAAAUACAAGCUGCUUUCAAGGGCUACAAAACUAGAAAGGACAUGCGGCUCAUCUUUAAAGAAGUGUUCAAGAACCAGAAUAUUGAACUUGGUGGCACUGCAUUCCUAGAGUGUGUUGUGGAAGGUAAAAUAAGCACUUUCCGUUGGCUUAAAGAUGGAGUAACUCUCAAGCCUGGGGAAAGGCACAAAAUCACCCAUAAUGCCUAUGGUAGGUGUCUUCUAGAAAUUUCCAGUUUUACAAACAAAGAUGCUGGAAUCUACACAUGCGAAGUUGCAAACAAGUUUGGAGCAGUUAGUUACAAUGGGAAUGUGAUGGUGGGUAAACCACAGAAGCCAUCGCAAACUGUUCAGACUGCACAAACUCCAGGUACAGAAAUGGUCUCUGAGAAAGAGGUUUUGCCAACAGUUAACACUGAAGAGGAGUCAUUGAGACUGGUUUAUGACCUACCGGCAGAUGACACCUACAGCAAGAUCCAGGAGAAAAGGAGAAGUCUAAUUUCAGUCAGCUCUAUAUCCUGUUACUCAGAUUAUGACACAGCCCCAGAUGUUGAGACAGAAUACCAAUCUAGAGGUAAAAAGGCAGAGAAGUCAAAAACUGAGGCUUCUACUACUCAGACUUGUGAAGAAGAAAAAAUAAUUAGUGUGCAAUCCUCAAAGAAUACAGACCAGCUUAAAGUGAAAGGUGGCGAUUCACAGAGCCAGACACCCUCACCCAAACGCAUGCAUUCCUACAAGUCUUCUGCAAAUGCUGAGUCAUUCUCUGAGUCAGAUGGAGAUGAUGAUAGAGGAGAGACCUUUGAUAUUUAUGUAGCCAAAAGUGAUUGUCAGCCUCUGGGAGGAAACAAAGAGGCUUUUGUACUAAAGGAAGGCCAGUUUGUGGAGGUCCUGGACUCAGCCCAUCCUGUGAGGUGGCUUGUCCGUACAAAGCCAACCAAGAUCACACCAUCCCAUCAAGGCUGGGUAUCCCCGGCGUACCUAGAAAAGAAGACAAGGGAAAUAUUUUCAUUGGCCCAUGAAGCAGAGACAAAAGAAUCCCCUGAGAAAGGCAAAACAGUUUUUACAAAGGAUGAGCACAGUUUGAUCCAAAGUCGCUUGAUCAAGGGACUUCUUGAUGGUGAGAAUAAUUUUGUACGUGAGAUGAACUUCUUUGUGGAGCACCAUUUACAAUACUUAGAGACAAGCUCUCAAGUUCCUCUCACCAUCCUAAGUCAAAAAGAGUACAUAUUUCGCAAUAUCAGAGAUAUUGCAAGUGUCCAUGAAUGCUGUAUUCUCCCUAAGCUAGAGAUGUGUUUCUCAGAUGAUGAUGUAGCCCAGUGUUUUGUCAGUUAUGCACUGGACUUUGAGAUGUAUCUCCAGUUCAUAACAGGCCUGCCCCAAGCUGAGAAAGUGAUCCUUCUUUUAAAUUAUGUGAAGUAUCUUAAAAUAAACCAAAAUUCUAUUUCUACUGUGUUCCAGCAAUAUGCUAACACAGAGUUGGCACAUUUGGAUACCCAGGUCUUCAAUGUUAGCACCUAUUUGCAGAGACCCAUGGAGAGAAUUCAAACGUACAAAAAUGUACUUAAGGAGCUGAUCAGGAACAAAGCAAAAAGCGGACAGAACUGUUGCCUGCUGGAGGACGCCUUUGCCAUUGUUUCCAGCUUGCCUUGGCGUGCAGAGAACUUGCAUCAUCUGUCCAUGAUUGAGAAUUACCCUGCACCUCUCAAGGGGCUUGGAGAACCCAUUAGACAGGGCCAUUUUACAGUAUGGGAGGAAAUUCCUGAGGUCAAAACCUCUCAAAGAGGACAUCACCGCCACGUCUUUCUCUUCAAAGAUUGUAUUGUCUUCUGCAAGCCGAAGAGAGAACUUGGCACAUACACUGAGGCCUACAUAUUCAAGAAUAAGAUGAAGCUGAGUGAUAUUGAUGUAAAGGAUACAGUGGAAGGAGAUGACAGGUCAUUUGGUCUUUGGCACGAGCACCGGGGAAUGGUGAGAAAAAUCAUUCUGCAAGCUCGAUCCAUCCUCCUCCGCCUCUCCUGGCUCAAAGAUCUGAGAGACCUGCAGCAGCGCAGCAAACAGCCCACUUGGACUGCCCCGUGCUUUGAGCAGCAUCUUACUGACUAUCCAGCAAAGCUUGGACAAACUGUAAAACUGGUCUGCAAAGUCACUGGUACACCAAAACCAGCAAUAAAGUGGUAUAAAGAUGGUCAUGCUGUGAAAGAAGACGAGCAUCACAUUACAUCAGAAGGACAGUUAGGUGCUUGUUAUCUUGUACUGACUGGUGUCAUAGAGGCGGACUCAGGUCAAUACAUGUGUUAUGCAACCAAUCAUGCAGGGAACGCAAGCACUCUGGCUAAUAUCAUGAUUGAUGUGCCUCCAAGUUUUACAACCAGACUACAGAACUCAGUGCUUGUAAAAGGACAAGAUGUGCAGUUCAGGUGCUCCACACAAUCUACUCCUUUACCAUCAAUAAGGUGGUUUAAGGAUGGCAUUCAGCUUGAGGAUAACAGGAAACACCAGAUUCAAUCUGAUGUCCAAACAGGAAUUCUCACUCUCACUAUAAAGAGAGCUGAAGAGGCAGAUCUAGGUCAAUACCAGUGUGAGCUACAGAAUGAAGUGGGCAGUGCCAAGUGUAAAGCUGAACUCUGCCCUCCAGCACCAUUACCUGUGACAGUCAGGACCCAAAAGCAAUCACAAACUACCCCAACUCCAGGUAGGAUGAAGAGGAAUGUGAACAGCAGUUGCUGUUUAAGGCAGAGAAGGUGUGUAUUUGGCCACCCCCAGUCAGAAGGUUGGUCCAGUUCCUUUGUGAAGAACCUGUUUCAUAUACUCUUUCAGCCUGGAAACCCCAAACUACCUGCUGCUAGUGUUGAAGACACACAAACACUUAAAGAACAGGAUGUAGUGGAGAGGCAGGCACAGGCGGCACAGGAAGAGAGACCCAUGGAGCCUGAGGAACACUUUUACUCAGACACAGAGGAGGAAUUUCUGACAGAGCCUCCAGCUGUGCAAGUGGCCAUUGAAGACCUGACAGUCCGGCCUGGUCAGCCUGCAACAUUCUCAGCCAUUAUUACUGGCCAGCCCACCCCAGAUAUUCAGUGGUUUAAGGAUGACAAGGAAAUCUUAUCCAAUGACUACACAGAAAUAUUUCAUAGUAGUGCACGUUGCUCUCUCACUUUGCUAAAUACUCAAAUAGAGGAUUGUGGCACCUACAGCUGCAUAGCUAUUAACAGUGCAGGACAAGCAUCUUGCCUCGCCAAACUCAGUGUUGACACAGGUCCAGUUGACAUUGGGGAAGACAGAGAAGUGGAGUUUGGAAAAAGACGGAAAUUACAUUCUGUAUAUGAUGUUCAUGAAGAAAUAGGGAGGGGCACUUUUGGAGUGGUUAAAAAAGUCACACACAAGGCGAGUGGUGAAUGUUUUGCUGCUAAGUUCCUUCCACUCAGAAGCAGCACGCGGACCAGAGCGUUCCAGGAGAGAGACCUACUGUCCCGUCUAGCUCACCGCAGACUAACAUGCCUCUUGGACUUUUUCACCACAAGACGCACACUGGUCUUGGUUGUAGAAUUAUGUUCUACACAGGGGUUACUAGAUCAUUUGUUUUUAAAGGGAUCGGUUUCGGAGAGGGAGGUCCAGUUAUAUAUUCAGCAGGUUCUGGAGGGCAUUGGAUACAUGCACAGUAUGAACAUCUUACAUCUCGAUAUCAAAACAGACAAUAUCCUAAUGGUGUCCCCUGCAAGAGAAGACAUCAAAAUCUGUGAUUUUGGCUUCUGCCAGGAAAUUGACAACUCCAGACACCAGUACAGCAAGUUUGGGACACCUGAAUUUGUUGCACCAGAAAUUGUCCACCAAGAACCUGUGACAGUAGCCACUGAUAUCUGGUCUCUUGGUGUGGUUACUUACCUAUGCUUAACAUGCCACUGUCCUUUCUUCGGGGAGAAUGACCGUUCCACACUGAUGAAGGUCGCUGAGGGCGUGCUGUACUGGGACACACCUGAGAUCACAAGCAGAAGUGUGGAGGCACAGGACUUCCUACAUAGGGUUCUACAGCCAGACCCAGAAAUAAGACCCUCUGCAUCUGAGUGUUUGAGUCAUGAGUGGUUUCAGGGUUAUUAUGAAGAUGAAGAACCUGAGGACAUAAAUACCAAACAUCUAAAAUCUUUUAUUUCAAGAAGAAAAUGGCAGCGUUCCUUGACAUGUCUCGGCUCGGUUCUGACUUUGAGACCAAUCCCAGAGUUGUUGGAGGCUCCUCUGCGUGACGUUUCGAUUACAGCUACAAGGGAAACCCAGGAGCCCAGCAGCACCUCCCUAAGUAGUGGAUCCUCCUCAGAGUUUGAUGAAGCAGAUGCUUGGGACUUCUUCCAACAGGUGAGCCAGGAGGAUGAAGAUGAACUGGAAGAAGAGGAAGAAUAUGACCCUUACGCUCAUGUGUCAAAGACACCCACAGUUUUAAAACAGGAUGAAGAAGAUGUGCUUAUUGGUGAGGACCGCAUUCACAGUGGCCCACUGGUGAUUCCCACGACCGCACCAUCAACAGAGCCAGUCAGUUUGGAGAGGAGGGACAGUAGCCCCAAUCUUCACCUCUCUGAGAGAGAUGAAGGAUUGGAUCCCAUACCACGUCGUAGCCUCAUCAAGAGCACUUUUUACUGCAGUUCUGAGCAGCUCUCACCCAUGUCUGCUCGUCACAUGACUCUUCGGGAUAAAAUCCAAGCUAAAAAGCAAGAGCGUGGCCGUAAACCCCUCCGUGCCAGCCUCUCCGGCAGGUUAAAUGAGCCCCUCAUAGAGUAUGUAGAAGAUUCCCCAGACUUAGAGGCUAAUCGUAACCAAAGAAGAGGAUCAAUGCAUUCAUCUAUCCUCAAGUCAAGCUCAUUUGAUAGUGGAGUGAGUGCUGCCCAUCCAAGCAUACACACCCAGAGAAGAAGCAGGUCAUUAGAUGUAUACACACAACGCUCUCCAACUUCAACUGAGCCAACAGUGCAGGGAGAGGAAGAUGAGCAUGAUGUUGAAGAAAGCCAGAAACCAGAUGUCACUGAUGAAGAAGAGGAGAAAUCUGAAGAAGUCCAAGUGAGAAGGAAACUUUGCCGUCGCUCUGCGUUUUUGUCAAAGAAGGGCCCAUUAAUUGUGAGAAAGGUCAGAGCACAGGUUCAUGAGCCUGAAGAAGGACAUCAGCCAGCCUUGCAAAGUUCUUGUGAGGAUGACAACCAGUUGCAGGUCAGGGAAACAGAGACAAGACAUUUAGGUGAUGAGGAGAGCGUGGAUGGCUCACAGCUUUCACUAGCAUGUUCGCUUGACCACGGUUCAGAAGCUUCUAGCAGGAUAGGCUCACAUCAAGAACUCUCCCACAGACACCACCAUGAUGAGAACUUGAUCGCUGGAUCCUCUGGAAAAACAUCUCCAUGCUCUUUACUACAAGACUCUGAGGAUGAAGACAUGGAGAGGGUCCUGAGAUCUCUUCGCCAAGAUCUCCCGCAAGCCCCGCCAAGACGGCGCAGCAACAGUUCAAGCUCUGGACUAAAUGAGAUGCGCAAUAAGAGUGGCGUCCUUCUGAGAAGAAGCUCCUCUGCUGUUCCUGUCCAGGCUGCAGUAGCAGGACGAGAAAGCAAAGAGUUACUUCAAAGACAUGCCUCAGCCCCAGCUCUUCAAGCCAAACCUCCUAGUGGGAAAUCUUCCAAGCCUGGAUUCAUGAAGAUCUUCCGUAAACAUUCUUGGGCUAGCCAUUCUUCUCCUCAACUAGAAGGCUCGGAAAAGAAACAAACAGAAGGAGCAUCCUCACAACCCAAGACCCCUCUUCUAACUCUGAGGAAGAAGAUGCGAGCUUCAGCCUCUAGCAUUACAAAACUGUUUACCCGACAGUCCAGCAACGAGGAUGAAGGGAAGAAGAAAGGUGGACCAAUUGUGAAGAACUCCUCCCCUGCCAUGCCAGAGAAAAUGACCACAGUAACAGCCGCCACCUCAUCUGAAAAUCCUCAGAAGAAGUCCAAAUUGUUCUCGCUGAAAGUGCCGAUAUUUAAGAAAACCAAAGAAAGUCCAGUCAAACCAUCCAGGCCAGAUGUCAUUCAGCUAGCAGGGGGAGGAGCGCUUGUGUUCUGGAAACCUGUGCCAUCAAAAGAACUUGUCACAUAUUGUAUUCAGUAUAGUGUAAAUGGUGUGGAAUGGAGAAUGUUGGCAGAGAAUGUUACAGACAGCUGUUAUACAGUAAAUGCCCUUCCGAGAGGACCGGGAUAUAUGUUCAGAGUGUCCCAUAACACCAAGACAGGGUUGGCACCUUUUAGUGACCCUUCCCCACCAGCCUUUAUGGCCACACCUUAUGAAGACUCUCACAAUCCUCUCAUUAAAAUGGAAUCUAUUGGGUCAAAGGUCACUGUACCUGGAGGUCUUGGCACUGAGAAAUCUUACAGCUUCCUGUCUGAAAUCAACAGAGGCCGUUUCAGUGUGGUUAUGCAGUGUGAGGAUAGCCGCAGCUCUCAGAUGUUAGCUGCUAAGAUGACACUUUACAGACCAGAGCAAAGGCAGUUGGUGUUAAGGGAAUAUCAGCUGCUUCGCCGAAUGAACCACCCUCGAAUCGUCCAGCUGCAGUCGGCCAUCCUCACCCCCACCUUCCUGGUGCUUAUAGAGGAGCUGUGCUCAGGACGAGAGCUUCUUUAUAACCUUGCAGAAAGGAAUCUGUAUUCAGAAACACAGGUGGCUGACCUACUAGAGCAGAUUCUGAGUGCUGUGGAUUACCUGCACAGCAGACGCAUUGUACACCUGGACCUAAAGUCGGACAACAUGCUUGUGACGGGCCGAAAUGCAGUGAAGAUUGUUGAUUUGGGCUCUGCUCAGCCCUUCACUCCAGGACAGGCACUAAACGUUGAACACAUCAAAGAAAUGACAGAUAAUAAAGGUUAUAUUGUCCUUCCUAAAGCUCCUGAAAUCUUAGAAGGACAAGGAGUUGGACCUGAAACUGAUAUCUGGGCUGUUGGUGUUUUGGCUUUUAUAAUGUUGAGUGCAGACAGUCCCUUCCAUGCUGAAAUAAAUUGGGAGAGGGACCGAAACAUCAAAAAAGGCAAGAUCCAGUUUAAUCGUUGUUACCCAGGUCUCUCAGAGGGAGCCAUCAACUUUAUGAAGAACACCCUGAGCAACAAAGCCUGGGCAAGACCUACAGCUGCAGAGUGCCUCCAAAACCCCUGGAUACAAGGAGACCGUCCUCCUUCCAAACACACUGACUCUGUGGUCUGCUUCUCAACAGACAAGCUGCAGGCCUAUCUCAGGGAACGAGAGGUCAAGCGAGACCACAUCCGCACAAAAAUUAAUCUGCCCUUCCCAUAAUUCAAGGGACAGAACAUAUUUGGAGGCUGAAAGUGAUGUGUGAAACUUGACAUGCUAUUUGUAGUUUUUGAAAAGCUGUGUUGCUCUCCCACAAGGAAAGAUUAUGAUGAAAAGCUUUAGCUGUAAUGGUAAUCAAUGAUAUUUCUUUAGAUAUAACAUUUUUCAACACAUGUAAUCAGGCAAUCUGCACGACAUGGCUUCAGUUAUUGCUUUGUAAUCAAUCAAAAAUAACAUUGCUUACAUAAACACUGUUUUACAGUAGCGUAAAUAAAUGUAAUUUACAUCGAUCAGUGGUUAUAGAGCUUUUGGUAUGCAUAUCUAUCUAUCUAUCUAUCUAUCUAUCUAUCUAUCUAUCUAUCUAUCUAUCUAUCUAUCUAUCUAUCUAUCUAUCUAU